AUGCCUGUUCGUAUGGACGUCGACGAUAUGAUCAUCCGACUAUUAAACGUCGGUGUGCCAGGCUGUGCACUGGUUAACAAUGUGAAGGAAUCCGAACUGUUGGUGCUCUGCCAAAUUGCGAAACAUGUACUUCUUAGCCAAGCAUCGCUGGUUGAGGUUCAAGCCCCUAUAAAAAUAUGUGGAGAUAUUCAUGGUCAAUUUGCAGAUGUUCUGCGACUGUUUGAUCGAGGUGGUUUCCCUCCGAUGGUUAAUUACCUCUUUCUUGGUGACUACGUUGACCGCGGCCAUCAAAGUCUUGAAUGCAUUGCGCUGUUCUUCUGCUACAAGAUCAAAUAUCCUGAUAACUUCUUUAUUUUACGAGGAAACCAUGAAUGCGCUCCGAUUAAUCGAGUGUACGGCUUCUUUGAAGAAUGCAACAGGCGUUACAGUAGCACUCGACUUUGGCUCUCUUUUCAGGAAACGUUCGCAACUAUGCCGCUCGCAGGGCUAGUAGGUGGCAAAAUUCUUUGCAUGCAUGGUGGCUUGUCUCCUAAGUUAAAGUCUCUGGAUCAAUUACGGCAUAUCACUCGGCCCAUUGAUCCUCCAAACCCGUCGUUGCACAUGGAUCUCUUAUGGAGUGAUCCUGAUCAGCACGUUAAGGUAAGAAGUACAAUCAUACCUAUGUAG